UAGAAAUUUGUUGAAUUUCUUCUGAUUUUCUUGCUCAUUGGUGCUCUCUUGAACAUGCUCUUGCUUUUCACGCGGAUACGGUGGAGUAUGCGAUGUUGUUUGGUCAAUUUGCUAGGAAUGAGAACUCUUUGAUUGGUUGACCACCAGUUGCGAAACAUGUUACUGAAGAUCUUCUAUUUGUGGUUUUGAUAAAAGAGGAUGUUGAGAGUAAUAAUGCUCCUUUUGUGGUUCACAAGGGUUAGUUGAGUUUUGGGGAAAUGGCGAAGAAGCUGCCUGGCUCGCAUCAUUACUAUGGGGUUUGCAUUGUGUCGUUGGCUGGGGAUUGGGAAAACUUAGGGUCUCAUUCUGCUGAGACGUCCCUCUCGGAAGCAAGCAAACCUAGACCCUUCAAACCAUUAGGGAGUCCAUGCAUUUUUCAAAGCAUUACCAGGUUUGAUGCUGACCAUGAGUGGAGGACAACCAAAGAGUUGAACAUGUCCAGUGAAGUAGUUCUUUAUUGUUCCGUAGAUGGAACCUUGGAGGCUGCAGGGAUAUCUAUUAAGGUCCAAAAUGUGUUGGUGGAUUUUAUGGCUGUGAUCAGCAGAGAGAUUGAAUUACAGGUAUCUUGUUUGCGGAGAGAUGGCACCACCGUCUAA